UACUGCAUCUGCAGCCUUCGCCUGCUCCGCGCGCAAGCAAGACCUAGCAGGCUGGGCUGGACGUGCCACCGCCUGCCCGCCGCGGCGCUAGCCUGCGCCGAGACGCUGCGGUCCCAGGACAGUGCUGGGCGGCGGACUCUAGGCGCACUCACUGGCUGUCGCCAGGGCCCCGCAGCGUCACCCGGCCCACCGCAGCCUUGUGCUGUCCCGCGAGACCCCGACUCGCCCAAGGCGGGCUCUGGGGACGCAGCUCUCCACGUGCAGCCUGCAGACUGGACGCCGCGGACUCCAUAGCAGACACCUGCCUGUGCCACAAUGAUGUCACCCGGUGACUUCGCAUCUGCCUCUUGGGAGCUUGUGGUCCUAGUUGAUCGUGCAACGGAAGAGCAGCAGCAGACAGAAAUCAAGCUGAGGGUGUCGGGGGACCUGCAUAUCGGAGGAGUGAUGCUCAAGCUGGUGGAAGAGAUGAACAUAGCCCAAGACUGGUCAGACUUCGCUCUGUGGUGGGAGCAGAAGCGCUGCUGGCUUCUGAAAACCCACUGGACCCUGGACAAGUGUGGAGUCCAGGCUGACGCCAAGCUCCUCUUCACCCCGCAGCAUAAAAUGCUUCGCCUUCGCCUACCCAACGCCAAGACCGUGCGACUGCGAGUCAGCUUUUCGGCUGUGGUGUUUAAGGCCGUUGCCGAUAUCUGCAAAGUGCUGAAUAUUAGAAGACCCGAGGAACUUUCACUGUUAAAGCCUGCUGGUGACUAUUCUAAGAAGAAAAAGAAGAAAGACAAAAGUAGUAAAGAUUCUUUGAUGGAUGAUGUCCUGAGCCUGGACAGCUCUUCAACAAGUUCGGGUUCCCCAGUAAGCCCGGGCUUGUACAGUAAGACCAUGACACCCAUAUAUGACCCCAUCAACGGGACGCCAGCACUAUCUACUAUGACUUGGUUCGGUGACAGCCCUUUGACGGAACAAAACUGCAGUGUUCUGGCCGUCAGCCAACCUCCUCCAUCAGCAGAUGUGCUCGCUGACAUGUUCCAGCCUCGAUCUUUGGUAGACAAAGCCAAGAUGAAUGCAGGUUGGCUGGAUUCCUCCAGAUCCCUUAUGGAACAAAACAUUCAAGAGGAUGAGCAACUGCUAUUAAGAUUUAAAUACUACACCUUCUUUGACUUGAAUCCUAAAUAUGACGCGGUCCGAAUAAACCAACUCUACGAGCAAGCCAGGUGGGCUGUUCUCUUGGAGGAAAUCGACUGCACAGAAGAAGAAAUGCUGAUCUUUGCAGCCCUGCAGUAUCAUAUCGGCAAACUGUCACUGUGUGCAGAAAUCCAGGACUUUGCAGCCAAGUCUGAGGUUGAUGAAGUGGAAGCCGCACUCUCUAGUUUGGAAGUGACCCUCGAAGGCGGGAAGGCGGAUAACACUUUGGAGGACAUUACCGAUAUCCCGAAACUUGCAGAUUAUCUCAAGCUAUUUAGGCCCAAGAAGCUAAUGUUAAAAGGUUUCAAGCAAUACUGGUUUGUCUUUAAGGACACGUCUAUAGCCUACUUUAAAAAUAAGGAACUUGAACAAGGAGAGCCAAUAGAAAAGCUAAACAUUAGAGGCUGUGAGAUUGCACCAGAUGUGAAUGUGGCCGGGAGAAAAUUUGGAAUCAAGUUACUAAUCCCCGUCGCCGAUGGGAUGAACGAAGUGUAUUUGAGGUGUGACCACGAGGAUCAAUAUGCCCGGUGGAUGGCAGCCUGCAUCUUGGCAUCAAAGGGUAAAACCAUGGCAGACAGCUCCUAUCAGACAGAGGUCUUCAGCAUCCUUUCGUUUCUGAAGAUGAAAAACCGGAACACAUCGCCUCCAGCGGCUUCCAGUAUCGAAAGCAUGGAUAUGAACCCGGAAUGUCUAGUAUCGCCUCGCUGUGCAAAAAAGCACAAGUCUAAACAGCUGGCGGCCCGGAUCCUGGAAGCUCACCAUAACGUGGCCCAGAUGCCUCUGGUGGAAGCCAAGCUACAGUUCAUCCAGGCAUGGCAGUCCUUACCGGAGUUCGGCCUCACCUACUACCUGGUCAGAUUUAAAGGAAGCAAGAAAGAUGACAUUCUGGGAGUUUCCUACAACAGGUUGAUUAGAAUCGACGCAGUCACCGGGAUUCCAGUUACAACGUGGAGAUUCGCCAACAUGAAGCAGUGGAACGUCAACUGGGAAAUCCGGCAGGUGGCAAUCGAGUUUGACCAAAAUGUCUCCAUCGCGUUCACCUGCCUAAGUGCCGAUUGCAAGAUUGUGCACGAGUACAUCGGGGGCUACAUUUUCCUGUCCACGCGAUCCAAGGACCAAAAUGAAACGCUCGAUGAGGACCUCUUUCACAAACUGACUGGCGGUCAGGACUGAAGUGAAGUAGGCCUACGUGGCUUCUGUGGAUCUAGGAGACCUUCACAGGAUGGAUAGGACCUGUGCCUUUCCCAGUGUGUAGAUUCCAGACUUACACAACGUAUGCUUACCACCAGAUGCCCAGCUCCUUGCCUCAUCUGAACUCACUGCGAGCACAUCCCUUGCCUGACUGUGCCUGGAAAGGCCAGCAGUACACUGGGCUCCUGUUGCUUUCCUAUAUACUGGGUAGGGAGAGAAGGGGUGCUACUCUGACUGCUCUAAGGCCCAACACGGUUGGUUCUCCAGUUCUGGGGCUUUGCAAGCACAUGUAUGUAAUUAGCAGUUAACCUUCGACUUAUGUGCCUCAUGAUAAGUGAGCGGUGAGAACAGAAGGGUCACAGCGAUGUGUCACAAGUCCACAUCUCAUUCUGAAAAUUCGGGUCCUUCCUUGACAAAAGCGAUCAUGGCUCUCAUCUUGCCAAGAUGACAAAUGGAGUCUGGACACACCUUUUCUCUGGAGGUCAAAGAGAUGAGUGGGGCGGAUCAUGGUUAUAGCGGUCUUCAGCAUCAUCAGUCUACAGCGACUGUCACAUCUGUUAGAUGACCGCUGGCCAUCUGGCCUAAUCAAUGGUCCUCACAUUAUUGCUGACACUUGAAGCCCCUUUCCUCGGGAAUCCCAUAGACACAUUGAAGUCCUUCUUAAAGACAUGCACUGAAAGGAUACAGGAAAGCCCAUUCUUAGCCAAGAUCCAUGACUCAACAGAAUGGAAGUAAAACUCAAUGACUUCUCUUCUGGACUGGGUCUUAAGAAAACAGGCCCAGCUCUCUGUUAAUGAAAAUCACCUUUUGCGGAGCUGGAAAGGUGGCUCAGCAGGUAAAGGGCUUGCUGCUCUUCCAGGGGACCUUAACUGAGUUCCCAGUGCCUAGCUCCAGGGAUCCGAUUCCUUCUACUAGACUCCAUGUGCACCUGUACAGUCAUGCACAUGCCAUGCAGCACACGCACACGCGCACACACACACACGUAAUUAAAAAUGACUCCGAAAGACAAAAGCACCCCUGACAGGAUUCAGAAUCCAAUCUCAGGCCUCCAUCCCAACCACGGUAAGGAAAGGAGGGCAGGCCUGUUCCUGGAGCCCACCAUGCUGAAGUUCUGUGAACUAAUGACUGGCUGCCUCUAGAGCCCUGGCUGCUCUGCGUGAUGAGAAGUGGCCGUCCCCUCAGCGGAGCUCUGGGUGUGGAGUCUGUGUCUACGAUUCUUGGCAUUUUCCCUAACCAGCUUCAGCUUCAUCCCGAGGCGACAACAGCUUCUUGGAGGCUGCUUUUUUGCUAGUCAUCCUUGCCCUGCUCCAGUCCUUGGCAGCUGCCUGAAUGUCACAUUCUGGUUUUCCAGCAAGAGGGAAUGAGUGGGUUUUGAGUAGGUGGGACGCAGCACCAGAGCAAAAGGGAGAUGUUUUCUUCUGUUCACGCACAGCCUUUCUCCUUCCACAUGAAUUCAAACCACACAGACAGAGGAAGGGCUCUGCCUGAACUCUGCCAACCUCCGAGGCGGCACUCUCCAGGGACCUGGCUGGAGCCCAGAGCGCUUUAAGUCUCAGCUGUUGCUUUGUUUCCCAACAAAGCCACCUGGGAAGUGAGAGUUCUGCAAUCCCAGGAGUCAGGAGACAGUCCUGGCUGGAGGCCACAGUCCUGAGCCAGAGGAACCUUCUGGAGGUUUCUUUCAGCCUCUCCUUAGAGAUGUGGGUUCAUGAGCCUUCAAGCUCAAUUUCUGGGACUCAACUUAGCCCAGAAAUGCUUUAGGCAUUUGGAAGUUCUGGCUCCCAUCACAAAGAACUUAGUUUGGAAAGCUGUAUGCAGACACCAUUGUUAAAUGAUCGCAGUGAGCACAGUGGUGGUUACUCCUCUGCUGUCCUGGACUCUACUGUUUGGAACCUAGAUGGGAGGCUAGGUGUAGCCCACGCAUCUUUAAUCCCAGCACUCAGGAGGCAGAAGCAGGCAGAUCUCUGUGAGUCCACGGCCAGUCAGGACACCAUACUGAGACCCUCUCCCAAACAUAAACCAUUUUCAGGCUAGAGUCUAGACACAUCUUUCAGGCCCUGGUCACAACGACCUCGUUGAUUACAUGUCACCUUGAUUACAUGUCGCCAAUGACAGCUCUGCUUGCUUAGUUUACCCAAACCCAGGCCUUCAGGUCAGUCUCUCCUUAACUUUUCAUAGUUGGCUGACAUUUCCAUGAAAUUCUCAGAGGCAUUGGCUACAUUCUAUCCAAACUUCACCAGUUUUGAGUAGUGUUUCUCUUGUGGCUCCAGCACAACAUCUCUAGGGAAUACAUUGGUGUGAGAAGGAAACUUUAAAGGCCACUGCUCCAAGAAACAGCUUGGUUCUUCUUCCUCCUUCCCUUCUUUAUAGCACGUGGGUACAAAAGGUCAGGUCAUUGUCCUCAGUGAAACUUUAAAUUAAUGUGUGCCCCCACCACCAUUUGCUGUAUUAUCUGCCAUGAAUGCCGAAAUAUGUAUUGUAUUAUUUAUGUGACUUUUAAAAUUGAGUUUUAUAUGGGUUUGAAUACUGUUCAGUUGUGUCUUA